AUGCGGCUCCGCGGCGGGACGCGGUUCUUCCUCGCCCUCUGCGUCUGGAGGCUGCUGCCGGCACGGGACGCCGCAGGAACAGAGGAAGUGGUCUAUGGGGAGGUUGGAGGAAGCAUCCUCCUUUUGUGCCGAAAUGUCUCCAAAGAAGCAACUGAAGUGGUUUGGUUUCAAGGGGAUCCCCACUCAGUCCCCCCGCUCUUCUCCUCAAAAGUCACAUUCCCCCAAGACGUCCGGUUCUCCCUGGUUGACAACAGCUCCCUGCACAUCACAGGACUGCGCCUGCAGGAUGAGGGCAACUACACUUGCAGGGAAGUGCUCAACAAAACAGACCAUGAACACAGAGUGCAGCUCCUGGUAGCCAGUGCACCGCGGUCGUCCCCGAAGUGCUGGGCUGGAACCUCCUCCUCGGGACAGAUGCUGAGGCUGUUUUGCAGCUGGCCUGGGGGGUCCCCCCACCCCACCUUGCACUGGAGRGAAGAGGGGGGCGAUCUGGAGAACACGAGCUGGGUCAUCAGCUCCACRAGCUCCGCCGACGUCCACGUGGAAACGCUGAACAGCUCCCGCCUCUCCCACGGCAAAACGUUCAAGUGUGUCGGGAGCCACGUAGUCAAGCAGGAGCAGCCUGCGUGCACCGUGCAGAUAAAGAGCCCUUCUUUGGAGUCGGAGCCCCUCAAGACCUGCUUUGUGGGUGACAACGUGACCCUGACGUGCCRCGUCACCGAGAGCACCCCGGCUGCCAGGCUCAGCUGGCUGCAGGGCACUGCCCAGGCGGCGGCGGAAAUCCGGCCCGGAGGGAGGCACCUCAUCACCCAGGAGGGCAACGUGUCCCGGCUCACCAUCCGGAACUGCUCCCAGGACGUCGACGGCGGCUGCUACAUCUGCAAGGCGCAGAACCCCGUGGGGCUCAGGGAGGUUUUCGUCUGCCUCACGGUGAAGCGGCCAGUGAAUAUAGUUGGGAUCGUGGGUGCCGUGGUGGUGCUGGCCCUGCUGGCUCUUCUCGUCGUCUCCGGCAUCAUCCUGUACUACCAUCCCCUGCUGUGUCUCGGAGGUACUGCAUUCAGAAAUCCAGACUCAAGCGAUGUCUUAGUGCUGGUGGACUCGGAAGAUGAUGAUGAGGGUAAGGAGGAAGAGGAGACAACGGGCAGCUCCACCAAGCACGAGGUGAUGGCGCUGGUCAAUGGGACGAGCAUGCAGCCUGCUUACCUCAACCACCUCGCAGAAGGUGGUGAUGGUGAACAGCACAACAGGGGCUCGCCGCAGGAAGCAAGGAGAGAAGACGCACCAGUCACGUAGUUUCCAUUCCUUUUUGUGGAAUUGCGGAGUGCUCCAUCUGGAAGCCCAGUUUCAAACACAUCCUCAUURCCAUGUGGCUGAACCCGGGUUGUUAGGUUGUACAACAGACUGGUUUGGUCAGAACAUCCCCACUUCCUUCUCCGCUCGUCCCUUUCCUGGUUCUCGCUCUAUCCUUCCCCAACUUWGUUUCUCCAUUUCUGUCUGUCUUUGUCUUCCUCUUUGUCUCAGGUAUCYUUUCUAAC